CGAGGCGGGGCGGGGGUGCCGUGGGCUCGGUGGCCGAGGUGGAGCCGCGUUCACUGGGUCGGACCCUUGGCGUGAGUUCCUCUUUGACCCUCACAGGAGCCCGGCCUCCGGACGAAGACUGGCCAGAGGGGCAGCGAGGGUCGCAGCCAGAGUCGGAGCCGGCGGCGUCCGCUGAGGAGACCGAGGCUCUAAAGGCCGGCCCUGGAGGGGAACGCCAGAGAUGGACCUCGUGAGACUCUCGCGGCUCUUCUCCGGCCCCCGCCCCAUGGGAUUGGCCAUCCUGCAGCACCUUGACCCCCUCAGAGCCAGGUGGGCCGGAGGCCAGGAGGGGCCCAUGUGGCCGAGGACCGCAGGGCUGAUUCGGCUAGUGCCAGCAGCCUUCAACAGCUCCCUCUCUCGGCUGCCCCUCGGCCCGCGGAGACAGAAGAACACAGGCAGCCUGAGCUCUGACCCAGGCCAGCCCAGCCCCACGGCCACCCAGGAGGAAGGGGAGGAGGAGCGCUUUGGGACUCUUUCCGACAAAUACUCCUCCCGGAGAAUGUUCCACAAAUCGACGGCCCAGUUGUAUAACCUGCGGCUCAAGGAACAGAGUGUUGAAGAAGAUGAGGAAGGGGAGCUGCAGCCAGAAGCAUGGCAGGGCCCGAGAAACACCCCUUACUGGUACUUCUUUCAGUGCAAACGCCUGAUCAAGGAAGGAAAGCUGGCCGAGGCCCUGGACCUGUUUGAGAGACAGAUGCUGAAGGAGGAGCGACGCCAGCCCCUUGAGUGCAACUACACCGUGCUGAUCGGGGGCUGCGGGCGGGCCGGCUACCUGAGGAAGGCCUUCCAGCUCUACAAUGACAUGAAGAAGCGAGACCUGGAGCCCUCAGAUGCCACCUACACAGCCCUGUUCAACGUCUGCGCUGAGUCCCCCUGGAAGGACUCCGCUCUGCAGAGUGCCCUGAAGUUACGGCAGCAGCUUCAGGCCAGAAACUUCCAGCUCAACUUGAAAACGUACCACUCCCUGCUGAAGAUGGCCGCCGUGUGCGCAGACCUCAGGAUGUGCCUGGAUGUGUUUAAGGAAAUCAUCCAGAAAGGACAUGCGGUCACAGAGGAGACCUUCAGUUACCUGCUCAUGGGCUGCAUCCAGGACAAGAAAACGGGUUUCCGAUACGCCCUGCAGGUGUGGAGGCAGAUGCUGAGCCUGGGGCUCCGGCCGAGCCGGCACGGCUACAACCUGCUGUUGGGGGCAGCUCGGGACUGCGGCCUGGGGGACCCGGCUGUGGCCUCGGCGGUGCUCCUGAGGCCCAGGGAGGAGAUGGUCCUGCUCCAGCCCCCGGCAGGCGGGCGGCAGGCAAGGAGGAGAGAUGGGGUCGGGGCGGACGAUCGCCUGUCAGCCUGGCUGCACGUGGAGGCCCUGGAGAGGCAGCUGUUUCUAGAACCUUCUCAGGCACUUGAGGGGCCUCUGGAGCCUCAGGAGGCCGGAGCCCCUGGCAAGGCCCAGCCUGGGGUGGAAACCAAGGUGGAGCCUGACCGCGCUGUGGCCCUCUGCUCUGUGGCCCCGGAGUCGCCUCCCUGGGGGCUGGAGGCCAACCUCCUGACCCCGGGGGCGGUCCCCUCGGCUGUGGUCUCCUUUGGGACCGUGACCACUCCAGCCGACAGGCUGGCCUUGAUGGGGGGCCUGGAGGGCUUCCUGGGAAAGAUGGCGGAGCAUGGGCUUCGGCCCGACAUCAAAACCCUCACGCUGCUGGCGGAGGUGGUGGAGCCUGGGAGCGCCGCAGAGUCCUCGCUGCUGACCGUCUUGGACGCGCACCAAGUGGAGGCCGACCUGACCUUCUUCAACACGCUGAUGAGGAGGAAGAGCAAGCUGGGCGACCUGGAGGGGGCGAAGGCACUGCUGCCAGUCCUGGCAAAGAGGGGAAUCGUCCCCAACCUGCAGACAUUCUGCAACCUGGCCAUCGGGUGCCGCAGGCCAGGGGAUGGCCUGCAGCUGCUUGCAGACAUGAGGAGAUCCCAGAUGACCCCCAACGCCCACAUCUACAGCACCCUCAUCAACGCGGCCGUCAAGAAGCUGGACUACGCCUAUCUCAUCGACAUCCUGAAGGACAUGAGGCGGAACAGGGUCCCGGUGAAUGAAGCGGUCAUCCGCCAGCUGGAGUUCGCAGCCCAGUACCCACCCACCUUCGACCGGUACAAAGGGAGAAACACCUACCUGGAGAAGAUUGAUGGCUUCCGAGCUUAUUAUAAGCAGUGGCUGAAAGUGAUGCCAGCAGAGGAAACCCCCCACCCGUGGCAGAAGUUCCGGACCAAACCAAAGGGAGACCAGGACACCGUCACUGUGGCCGAUGUGGACAGAGGCCCUGGGGGAGCAAGACUCUGGUCUAAGGAAACAAGAUCUGAUGGUGAAACCCAACUAAAUCUGAAGCAGGCUCUGUUCCGGCCACAGGUCUGGGGCAGCAGCCCCAGCGAGACAUCACCACGGAACCCCGGGGCUCUCGCAGGAGCAGGGCUCCUGCUGCUCUGCUACCCCUCCUGCCCCCGCCGGAGGCCAGCACCAGAGCCGCCCCUCAGGAGGCAGCCCGUGCUCGCUCUCCACUGCUCCACAUGCCCGUCCUUGAGCUUCCAGAUGGUUCAGGGGGACAGAGCUGCCUGCUGAGCUAAAGCCCUUGGCCCAGAGCCGAAGCCCUACAAGCUGUAACUAGUGCUGCAGCGUGAAGGGACCUUGUGACGAGGGACUGUGUGAAAGAAGACAUCUGGCCUGACCUCCCAGCGGGGCCCACGGCGGUCAGCUGAGGGGCCGCGCUCAAAGGCCGCUAACGGCCAACAGCCCAGCAACCCUUCCCUGCCUCCUGCGGCCCCGCUUCAGAGGCGUCUGUGCGUGGAGCUGAGCUACUGCACCCCCAGCCGUGUUCCCCAGCCGCCCAGGAAGUGCUGGCGGGAGACGCGGUGAUGCUAACAUUGAAGUGUCACUGGGAGGAAAAGGAGGCCUGGAAAAAAGGGCGGCUGAAGGGCAAGCACUGGAGGGAAAGGGACAAGCUCCUGCCGACUGGCCCACCCUCCCGGCCACCCUGGGGGUGGGUAUCAUCACCCCCAUUUGGUUAAGUGAGGAAAGGAGCCCAAUAACUUGCCCAAAGGAGGAGGUGGGACUGGCCCCCAGAUGCAAGAUCAUUACUGCCAAACUCCCUGGCAUGGAUUCCUGACCAGAGGGUCUCACUCCUGGCGGGAUGGCCAACCACAAAACAGAACAACAUAAAACCCCUUGUGGUCAACUAGGGCAGAAUCCUGACAGUAACAUCACACCCAGUCAGACAUGACAGGGGUGGAGACAUUACCACUUCCAGCUUGCUUUUGGGGACCCGGCAAAUGCAGUUUGUCCCAAAAUUGGUGUCCCGUGUCUGAAUGCACCGCAGGCAGCAUAGGUUCUCAUAUCCCUGCUUUUUCCAUUUUGCGAUCAGGUUUUUAUCUGCAUAGCCUUCUUUAAUACAGUAUUCAUACAGUUCUGUCAAAAAGAUGGGGAAAGGGCAUCAGACCAUAGUAUCACAAAGCUCCCCCCACCCCUGGCCCAUCACUACCCACCCUUAAAAAGAGUAUUUAGCCUGGGGCUUCCCUGGUGGCGCAGUGGUUAAGAAUCCGCCUGCCAAUGCAGGGGACACGGGUUCGAGCCCUGAUCUGGGAAGAUCCCACAUGCCGCGGAGCAACUAAGCCCAUGCGCCACAACUACUGAGCCUGUGCUCUAGAGCCCGCGAGUCACAACUACUGAAGGCCACGCACCUAGAGCCCAUUCUCUGUAACAAGAGAAGCCACCGCAAUGAGAAGCCCGCGCACAGCAACAAAGAGUAGCCCCCACUCGCCACAACUAGAGAAAGCCCGUGCACAGCAACGAACACCCAAUGCAGCCAAAAAUUAAAAAAAAAAAAAGUAGCCAAUGUUGGCCUGGCUCCUUUCCUUUUUUUGGUGGUAAGAAACAGGAUGACACUUGCUGAGGUUUCAAGAAUUAAAUAAAUCUGAAAGCUACUCAAGUUGGGAAGGUCAAGAGAGAAUUUGGCCAAUUACCUCUGCUUAUGGCUUUCCGCUUGUAGAAGAGGUCAAAAAUAUAGCGGGUUUUCUGGUGAUGGAUCCUAAAGAUGGGCCACAGAGAUUCCACUUUCCUCUUUCCCUCGUGAGGUUCUGUUUCAGCUGGAGAGAAAACACAUGUGUUUGUUUUUUGGGGGAUAGGGUAGUCUGCAUAGGAUAUAGUGUUUUUUUUUAAUAAGUAGGGAUAAAGAGUAAAUACUUUGUACCCACUAGGAUGGCUAUAAUCAAAAUGACAAGACAGUAAUAAAUGUUGGCGAGGAUGUGGAGAAAUCAGAAUCCUCAUACACUGCUGGUAGGAAUGUAACAUGAUGCAGCUGCUAUGGAAAAGUCUGGCAAUUCCUCAGGAAGUUAAACAGAGUAACCAUAUGACCCAGGAGUUCCACUCCUAGGUAUAUACCCAAGAGAACUGAAAAUGCACUUGCACACAAAAACCUGUACAUGAAUGUUCAUGGUAGCCAAAAAGUAGAAAUCACCCCAGCAUCCAUCAACUGAUGAAUGGUUAAAAUGUAAUCUAUCCACAUGAUGGAAUAUUUUUCAGUUAUAAAAAGUAAUGAAGUACUCACACAUGCCACAACAUGGAUGACUGUUGAACACGUUAUGCUCAGUGAAAGAAACCAGUCCUCACAGACCGCCUAUUGUAUGACUCUGUCUAUACAGACAGAAAGUAGAUUAGUGGUUGCCUAGAUCAGGGAGACCCCUGCUAAAGGGGAUGGGGUUUCUCUGCGGGGUGAUAAAUACUGUAAAACUGACCAUGGUGAUGGUUGCCUAACUCUGUGAACACACUAAACGGUGCUUAACUGAAUACUUUAAAAGGCUGAAUUUUACAGCAUAUGAUUUAAGGCUCAUUAGGGCUGGUUUUUUUUUUUUAAAGACAAAGCGAAAGGUAAGCCACAUGACUUAAACAUUAAUUGCUUUAAAUUAAAAAUGCCUUUUAAAUUAGAUAAAUUAGAAAGCAAAGGUUUUAAAAAAUCAAAGACAACCUCUGUUAAUACCCGGGUCUCUAUCCUUCCAGACCUAUUUCUCCAGCAUAAUAAUUUCUCAAGAUAAUUCUGGACCUACAGAUGGGCAUACUAAUAAUCUUUUAAGGCACCUCUAAUUUCAUUUCCCAACCAAAAUCGUUUAGGGAAAAAAGAAAGAAAAAAAAAAAAAGACAAGUCUGAAAGUUCUUAGCAUGGCGAGCCUGCAGGAAAUAAUGGCUCUAUCAAGACAUGUAGGAUCAGGUAGCAGCUUGCACCUGCCAAAAGGCAAGUCUUUCUCUUAGCAUUACAAGCUGAUCUUUGUCACCUCUUCUUGGUUUUUAGGGCAGAGGAGAAAGGUGAGAAGGGUUAAGAAACCUAUACCUCCAUUUCUCCAACACCGAGGCUGUUCUAUUACCUAGAAUUUGUAAUUCAGCUCAAUAAACAGGAUUCUGUGAUCCAAGUAAAA